GCGCGGAGCUGAAGUAAUCUAGGCGGCGGCCCGCGCCCGGCUGCGGGCGAUGAAGCAGCUCCGAGCGCGCAGGGCGGCCUGGGGCCUGGCCUUCCUGCUGUGGCAGCUAGGCCCGGCGGCGCAGGCGAUGGACCCCAUCACGGUGGGCUUCGCGCUGGCCAGCGCCGCCGCCUCGGCCCUCACCGGCAUCAUCUCCUACCCGAAGGUGUACUGCUACUUCGCCGAGUGCUGCGCGGACAGGCCGGUGGCGCUCGUCCGGGAAGAACUUAAGAAGAAUUUUGAUAAAAGGCUUUUUGGACAACAUCUUGUGUCCCAGGUGGUUGUAAAAGCUGUUGGUGGGUUUUUGUCAAAUCCCAAUCCGAAGAAACCCCUCGCCCUCUCCUUGCACGGCUGGACCGGGAGCGGCAAAAAUUUUGUCAGCAAGAUGAUUGCAGAAAGCAUUUAUGAAGAAGGGCUCAGGAGCAGAUACGUUCACCAGUUUGUGUCUACUUUGCACUUCCCACAUCAGCAGAACGUUGGUCAGUACAAGGACCAAUUGCAAACGUGGAUUCGUGGCAACGUGAGUGCCUGCGGAAGGUCUAUCUUCAUAUUUGACGAGAUGGAUAAAAUGCCCGCAAAGCUCAUAGACUCCAUCAAGCCGUUCCUGGACCAUUACGAAGAGAUCAAUGGCGUAUCAUACCGAAGAGCAAUCUUCGUCUUCCUCAGUAAUGCAGGAGCUGAAAAAAUAACAGAAGUGGCCUUAGACUACUGGAAGAGGGGGAAGAACAGAGAAGAGCUCCCUCUGAGCAUUAUGCAGGAGACACUGUCAACAUCUGUCUUUAAUAACAAAAAUAGUGGUUUUUGGCACAGCAGCCUGAUAGACCGAAACGUCAUUGAUUACUUCAUCCCAUUCUUUCCUUUGGAAAUCACUCAUGUGAAAAUGUGCAUUAAGGCUGAACUGAAAUCACGGGGCUACCCAGUGGAUGACUAUAUGGUGACGCAGAUCGCAGAAGAGAUGACCUAUUUUCCCAAAGAGGAGCGCCUCUAUUCAGACAAAGGAUGCAAGACAGUUCACACAAAAUUAGAUUUCUAUUAUGACAUCUAACCAUUUUCCGCUCUCAACUUUAGAGAAGGACAAAUGAACCUAUUUACAGGACCUGGAGAAACUGAAUCACAUUUUUUCUGAUUCUUUUUUUUUUUUAAGAUUUUAAUUGACGUAAAUAGGAUGAUUCAACUGAGAUUGGGGAAGGAACUACAAUCUUGAUUCUAAAGUUGUUCUUGUUUGUGUGGUAAGAGAAUGGUUUAUAGGUCCAUCUGCUGCAAAGCCGUUUUAAUCAUGACUGAUUUCGGUCCAUUUCACAAGCACUUUGUGGACCAAGUCCUUAUAUAGGACUGAUCUGGAAGUGAAAGUUUUUCUAAUUAAAUAAUAGUUGGUUGAUAUGAAAAGUAAUUUUUUAAAAGCAAUUGUGACUCCUAAGAAAUGAAGGAAUGAUUUUGAAUCCAUAUGUUUUUUUAAGAAAGCGUUCUGCAAAUUAUUAGCUUGAAAUUUUCCAAUAAUAUUGAGGCAGGUGACAGCUAAUGCAGAAGUCCAUUUCAAAUGAUUCUGUGGGUCCCCUUAAAGGUACUUAAUCUUUAAAUUUUCAGGAGUUCUUUAAUGAGACCAGCAUGGGUGCCAAAAAAGAAGGAAAAAAAUCCAGGAAAGUGGUUUAGGACAGCCGGAAUUGUCAAGCAGCGCAAGAUUUGACUGUAUUUGAGGCAUAUUUUCUGUAUUUUUAAAAUAAGACACUCCUGCCCAGGCUGAGCAGCAGACACCUUCUAGGUUCUCUGAGAAUCACCUGCAGUUCCUUUAAGAAAGGUCUUGUUAGAACCAAUUCAGCAAGCAAGUGGUGUUGCCUUAAUCCCAGGACACACCCUUUAUGAGAAUAUUCUGACGCCGGGGGGUCUCGGCAACCAGUCGCGAAAUGUUCUUUUCCUCUAUCCAUCCAAAUAAAGAUGGCUUGGUGAAACAGCUUUCCUUAGCAAG